UUGAAUCUCACUCACUCAUUAACUCACUCUCUGUCUCUUCUCAAACUAAACUCGAACUCAUUCGUUCAAAAAUGGGUUGUGUUUCUUCUAAUCUGUUGAACCAUGAAGACGAGUUCACUCAACUCGGAAGCUCCGCACUCAGUCACCACAUCGUUUCCCUUACCUCCUCAACCUAUGGCCUUCUCACUCUCGACCCCCCACCGCCACCACCUUCUCGGAAUUUCACUGCUCCGACGACCCCGCCGAUUCGUUUCAAAAUGGGCUCCACCCACCCCAGCCCACUUCCUCCGGAGCCCAAGUCUCUCUGGUCCGACCCGAGUCCCAUCCGAGCCGACCCCGAAGUCAUCAACUCUUGGGAGCUCAUGGCGGGUCUCGACGCCGACAGUUUCCGAUUCUCCCCGCUUCCGCCACCGACGAAGCUCUUCUCCGAUAAGGAGAAUUCGAACCCGAACCGCUCCAACCGGCUCUUCGGAUCCGCCAUUCUCAAGGCCCGAUUCGAAGAAACUGCUGCUUCCCAGAUUUCGAGACCCGUUUCAGUGGAAAAGAAGAGUCUUUUGGAUCGGUACGAAAGGGUUUGCCCACCGAAUGGCGAGGACAGAGUCGUCAUUUACACUACCACGCUUCGAGGCGUUCGGAGGACUUUCGAGGCCUGCAAUGCCGUGAGGGCAGCGAUUGAAGCCACCGGAGUUAUAAUCUCCGAGCGAGACGUUUCGAUGGAUCGUGGGUUCAGAGAUGAGCUGAAGGAUUUGAUGACAGAGAAGGGAAAAGAAGCUGUGAUUCUUCCCCAAGUUUUUGUCAGAGGGAGGUACGUCGGUGGAGCCGAAGAGAUUUUGAAAAUCGCAGAAGAGGGCUUGUUACUGGAGCUGUUUGAAGGGUUACCCAAAAGAAGAGCUGGGGAGGUUUGUGAAGGUUGUGGAAAUGUGAGAUUUUUGCCUUGCUUUCAGUGUAAUGGGAGCUGUAAAAUGGUUAUGGUGGUCAAAGAAGAAAUGGGUCAAUCGAAACAGGGGUCUUCUUCUGUAGUUGUGAGGUGCCCAGAUUGUAAUGAGAAUGGUUUGGUCCUUUGCCCGAUUUGUAGCUGAUAUACUUCGAAACGCCUCUGGUUUAAGCUAAGUAUAUGUCUUCUUUUAUCUAUGAUAGUAAGGUAUAUGAUGAAUUUCCUCAACGAGUUUUUUUUCUUCCUUUUUUCUCACAUUAUGCUGAAAUGGAAAAAGCUUCCCUCUGCUUUUUUGUCUGUAUUUAUAUCAUGAGAAUCUUGUAAUAUGUUCAAUAAUAUAAUGGUUAAAAAGGAAGCACAGCUCUUGGUGCUGAUGACGAUGAUGAUCUUUUGUUGUGGAUUUGAGAUACUAUCUUUCAAGCUGGUAAAUUUACUUGAUGGGAAAGAAGAGAAGCCCUACUUUGAUUAAUGAGACAAAUUUUCAUCACAUUGUAGCAACUGCCAAUUGAUUUUGAACACAUCUGAGUUGAUUACCAAUGUGUUGAACUUCUUUAGGUUGGUGUUUUAUGAAGAAAAAGAAUCACAUAAUUCUGUUUUGGCACUUCAGAUACCAAAUUAUUCAUUCUUUAUGUAAAAUCUAUUGGUAAUGAUUUGUAGUUAU